UGUACCGAAGCUCUUUUGGACAACAAUAUAAAUGCUUUUAACCUAACUUAUACAUCAGCUGGAUCCCCUUAAUUACUGUGCAGUACGUUCAUGUGAGAUUCGGUGUUUGUAUCACCGUAGACGAGGAUUCGCGUGAAGAAAAACAGACUUUGGUCCUUCCUCCGAAGGUCCUUAACCUUUGUUCCUAAAUUUUUCCACCUCGACACGUUUUCGACAGGACUGUACACCUGACACAUCCUUGGAAAGAAGAUCACUCGUGUCGUCAGGCAAGAUGACGAAGCCCGACGGUUAACCUUAGGAGGAAUACGAACGGAAAGAAAAAGAAGUAAGAAUAAGAAGAAGCAUGCCGAAUGAAAAAAAGUAGAGAGAAAAGGAGGUAAAAAUUGAAUACAGCUGCAGCGCCGGCGGUUGGAUGACUUCAUCACUGCUGCACCGAAGGGGGAGUUUCGGAGAAGCCCACGUUCGUCUGACAGACUCUUCUCUUGCCUCGAGUAUUUUCGUACAGAAGGCUUCGACGCCGCCGGAUCUCGGGUAAAAGAGUGAAGUUUGACUAUCGCAGUGUGUGAUGAUCACCGCCUCGCGAAUGGCGGGUAUUUGUCAUUAGUGAUUCUCGGUCAAUCGGUAUUACCAUCAUCAUCGAACGUCCGGCAGAUGCAGCCGGGAAUUCAGCUGCAGACGGUACUUAAGUAUCAGCAAUGAAGAUAAUGUUGUGAAGGGUCACUUCAUUCAUCCGUCGAUCGCUGCGGUGGGGUGAAAUCAUCGAUGUGAUUAAGUGCAUGUAUAGUGUCUGACCGCAUGUGUGAGUCAUAUUUUACACGUUUUCGUGGUAUUUCAACUGCGUCGAAGCGUAAUUGCAAGACAUGGAGGAAGUGGCUUGAUGGGCUUCGAAGUCUUCAAAAGCGGGCUAAGCUUGGUGCCACAGUCUGUUUAAUUCUAGAGGUGACACCGCGACUUUUCUAGGACGUAAUAAUAUGGGGCUAAAAGUCUUCGUCGUCCACUUUCUGCAAUGGAUUAUCAUCGGCUUUGGAUUCGCUACGGCCAUUAGAUACGAACCGACGGCGACGCCGAGAGGAGCCGGGACAUCAGCGAAUCCGAGUGGCAAUCCUUCCAGCGGAUGUUGCCAGUGCAAAUUCGAUGACACCGCCUACCUCAACUCAGCUUGCGGGAGCAUGGCGUCUUUCAUGAUACUUGUUCAGAGCUUGAUGAUGUCCAGAUGCGACAUAGCCGACCCUUGUCGACGGGCCGGAAGGUCGGAUCUACCGGAUGGUCAAUGGUACGAUUUUAUCAUCGUCGGCGCCGGAGUUGCCGGACCGAUCUUAGCCAGACGAUUGAGCGACUAUCCGUGGUGGAAGGUGCUUCUCAUCGAAGCGGGACCUGAGGAACCAACGAUGACGGCUUUUCCGGGGCUUGCCUUCAACGCGAUCAACUCGUCAUUGGACUGGAAGUUCUUGACGGAACCAACGCAGCCACACCCGACAGCUUGCUUGGAAAGAGGCGGAAUCUGUGCUUGGCCACGAGGCAAGAUGGUGUCGGGCACCGGGGGUCUCUAUGGCAUGAUGUACGUUCGAGGUCACCCCGAAAUCUACAACAAAUGGGCGCGGGAGGGGAACGUCGGUUGGUCGUACAGUGAGAUCGAGCACUACUUCGAGCGGGCGGAGGCGCCGGCAAAUCCGAAUAUGGUGCGGAGCGAGCCGUUCGCGCGAACGCGGAGCGGCGGCCCGUUGCAGAUCAACUAUUUUCCGCACAAGCCGGACUUCUCCGACGACCUGCUCAACUCGGCAAAGGAGCUGAGGUACCGGAUCGGCUCGCUCCGUGGCUUUAACCAGACGGGUUUCAUGGUAGCCCCGAUGAUGACGAGCGCCGGCCUUCGUGGAACUACUUCGCGGUACUAUUUGCGGCCCGUCUCGCAGCGGCCCAAUUUGGACGUGUUGAUAAACGCUCACGUGACACGAAUCCUCGUGGAGAAGUGGUCCGCGAGGGCGUACGGGGUCGAGUACAUCGACAAGAACGGGGUACGGCGAGUCAUGAAGACUAACAAAGAGGUGAUUCUAACCGCCGGGGCUAUCGGGUCACCGCAGAUUCUGAUGACGUCAGGAAUCGGACCCAAGGAGCACCUCACUAAGCUCGGAAUAAAGCCUGUAAAGGAUCUGCCGGUAGGAGAAAACCUCCACAAUCAUGUCUCCAUCGGCAUAAAGAUGAGCAUCAAUGACACUCACUACGAAACGCUCACUCUUAGCGCGAUCAAUGAGUUUCUGGCCACCCGGAGCGGGCCUUUAGCUAGCACUGGUCUGACCCAGGUGACAGCGUUUCUAGAAAGCAGCUAUUCGACGGCUGGAGUUCCCGACCUGCAGAUAUUCUUCGACGGUUUUAGUUCAAAGUGCCCUAGGACCGGCCUUCAAACGGAGUGUCCAGAUGGUAGCAUCAACACGUGUCCGGAGCGUCGAGAGAUAGUCGCCAGACCGACGGUCGUUUGUCCACGAAGCAAAGGCUAUAUGAAGCUGCGCUCGCCGAACCCGCUGGACCCGCCACUCCUAUACCCCAACUACUUCGUGAACGAAGUCGACGCAAAGAUCCUCGUUGAGGGUAUAAAGAAGGUCGUCGAGCUGAGCAAGACCAAAGCAUUGCGGAAGUGGGACCUCCGCCUGGACACCAAACCCCAUCCAUGGUGUGCCAGGUACUACUUCGGGUCUGAUGCUUACUGGUCUUGUCUCAUCCGCGUUCAGACUGGCCCGGAAAACCAUCAGGCGGGGUCUUGCAGGAUGGGCCCGGUUGGCGAUGCCCGCGCUGUUGUUGAUCCUGAGUUGAGAGUUCACGGCGUUGAAAACAUCCGCGUUGCUGACGCCUCGAUUUUCCCCAUCGUUCCCAACGCCAACCCCGUCGCCGCCAUCAUCAUGGUCGCCGAAAAGGCCUCCGACCUCAUUCGGGCCGCUUGGAUGGUGAAGUGAGAAAUUCUCGUUCGCCGGUACGAGUUUCUUGUCCCACCGCCAAAAUAUGCCGAUCCUCUCAAGAUCUUCGAAAAUUCGGAAAAGAGAGAGAUCUUCUUCGUUUUCUUCUUUUUCUCCUUUGCUCUUUCAUUGGUUAACGGGUUUCUUCGAGAAAGGAAAAGAAGGAUAAUGUACGAUGUAGUGACGGUGAACUGACAUGAUUGUAACGUGCUUUCUAGAAAUAAUAAGGAUUCAAGUUUUGGUUACAAUAUUGUCUAAAAUAAGGUUCUCAAAUGUUAUGAGCUAAGAAGACGAUAUAAUAAAACAAUAACUUUCAUACAUGCAAGUCUGCAUACUUUCAGUCUGCGUAGUCAUUGUGUACUUUCUGAUGUACCAUCGACUGGUAAUCGAUACAUUGUAAGCAGUAAGUUAGAUAGAUCAGGUUCUCUGGCAGACUCCAACUCGUGUGACCAUCGACAUUAACACUUCACUUCGUGAAAUCGAUACUCUGAUCAACGUGUAAAGAGAGUAAAAAUAAAACCAGUAGCACCGAGCAGCAUUCAAGAAAGAUAAACAUACGUAAAGAAUUCGAUUCUUUCGUCGGUUCCAAUCGAACGGUUCAAUAGGACUUUGAUAAUACUUCAAUCGAAUGGCACUAUGUUAUAAUUAAUAACGUAGAUCAAUAAUUGUAUAUAUAUAUACGCACGCAUCUGUGAUGAUUUCUUCAGGAAACUGAUCGACUCGUAGAACAAACUUCUGACGACGCACUUGUGGUUAAUAUCAAAGCAAAAAAUCUGCGGGUUGUAAUACCAGUUUGCACAGGUUUUACCGAUGAUCGAAGUGGGGUAAUAUUCAGACGCCUGCUUCCUCGAGCAUUCGUUAUAUAAACUCUUUGGCAGUGCGCGGCAGAGCUUAUCUACAACUCAGAGUGAACAGGUCAGUAUUUCGCCCUUUUAUUAUCAACCUUGAGAAGCCUUUCACCGUGUUUACUUCUGAAUUAUGCAGAUUGUAUUCCAAGCUCUACAAAAGACACAAUGAGAAUAGAUUGUAUGGUUUAAAUAAUUUUUUAAUCCAUUAAACUGUUCACGUUACAUCGAAAACACAAUUCACAGUAUAUGGCAGCUUCCGGAAAAAGACUGCUUGUACAACGGGACAAGAUUCAGGUUAAUUUUAUCGCAAACCGUGGAGACAAACGUCCAUUUUCU